CGGAUAAGGGGAAGAGGCGAGUGAGGAAGUUCCCGUCUUGAGCAACCGGGUUAUGAGGCUGGGAGGUGGGGCUGUUUUUUUCCUACUUAGGUGGGUCGGAGCGCAAAUACUCCAAGUGAGACCUGCGGCGCUUCCUUAUGUUAUAAGAUUCAAAAAUGACAAAUUCCAUAACACCUUCUACUUAUGUACGUUCCCUUGGCUAUGGAAUGAUGAGACAGCUGGCAGAUUUCAUUGAUCCACAAGAAGGAUGGAAGAAAUUAGCUGCUGAUAUAACUGAUUUAUCUGGUGCAAAACGAUACAACCAAAUGCAAAUGAGGCGAUUUGAAGCAUUAAAACAAGUAGGAAAAAGUCCCACCUGUGAAUUACUUUAUGAUUGGGGAACAUUAAAUUGUACAGUUAGAGAUUUGGUGGACCUUCUCAUCAGAAAUCAGUUUUUGGCACCAGCAAGUCUUUUGAUUCCAGGUAAUUUCGAUCUACACUUUAUCUUUCACACAAUAUAUAUAUUUUCUAUCAACCACAUAUACAUUUUUAUUUUAUUGCAGUUGGCAGAUAUAAGUAUUGAAGACCUAAAAAAGCAAUUUGAGCAGGAAAUAAAGAUUAUGGGAAAGUGCCAACAUGAGAACUUAGUAGAAUUGCUUGGUUUCUCAAAUGAUUUUAAUCAGCCUUGCUUAGUAUAUGAUUAUAUGCCCAACGGCUCCUUGCUUGAUAGAUUAGCUUGCCUGGACAACUCUCCACCAAUACCAUGGGACACAAGAUGCAACAUUGCGUUUGGGACAUCAAAUGGAAUCACCUUCUUGCAUGAAAAUAACCACAUCCAUCGAGAUGUUAAAAGUGCAAAUAUCUUACUAACAGAAACAUUUGUACCAAAACUUUCUGACUUUGGGCUUGCAAGAGCAUCGGUAAGAUUUACACACACUAUUCUAACAGAUAGAAUAGUUGGGACAGCAGCCUAUAUGGCUCCAGAGGCAUUAAGAGGGGAGAUAACUCCUAAAUCGGAUGUCUUCAGUUUUGGCGUGGUAUUACUUGAAAUAAUAACUGGACUUAGUCCUAUGGAUGAAAAUCGGGACCCCCAGUUACUGUUGUCCAUCAAAGAGGAAAUUGAAGAUGAAGAAAAAACUAUUGAAGAUUAUGUUGAUAAAAAAAUCAGCAAUUGGAACAUCACCUCAAUUGAACAUAUGUAUUCAAUUGCUGCCCCAUGUCUGCAUGAGAAGAAGAACCGGAGGCCAGAUAUUGAAAGGGUACCAAUUUUAAAUGUCAUGCAACACACCCACGUAUGUAUGUAUGUAUGUAUGUAUGUAUGUAUGUGUGUAUGUAUAUCAUCUUUCCCAAAAACUAAGACCCUGACUUAUAUAGGAAGGCACCAGGUCUUAUUUUUGGGGAGAGGGAUGUUGUCCACUGACUCGCCUCACUUGGCCUCCUUUUCACUGUCAGAGGCCUUCAGAAACUCCUGUCAAACCUGGAAGCCAUCAGAUUCAGUGACUCAUGUUGAGACCAUGUUCUACCUUUCCUAAGCUGUGGUAAAGGCAGCAGGAGCCACAGAAAAGGAACUCCAGCUAGGAGCCCGAUGCAAGGAGCCAGCACCCGAGUGCAGUUUGCAGCCUGCAAAGUGAAGUCAUGGGAAUUACCCCCCUCCAGGAGAAGCUGUUGGAACCACACAUGGGUGUGGGACAAGCCUUGACCUUCAAGUGGAGAGUGCCAAAGCAGACAUGCAGCAGGCAUUUUGGAGAAUUUGCUGGUGGGGCUCCUGGAGCAGUUUGGCCAAUUCGGCAUGAACACAUUACUCAACCCCUCGGCACCAAGCAGUCCAAGUGGACCUUGGCAUAGCCUACAUUCACCUUCCCGCCAAGAAAUUGCAGCAUAAUGGAGUGGAGCCUCAGCUUCUUUCCACUCCGCAAAGAGUGGCUCGGUCCAUAGCCUCACGCCUUGUAAUGGACCAGCCAUGGCUCCAGUCACUACUGGUAUGCAAUCACUGGGACCCAACUACUGGGCUUGCUAAAUCAGCCUGUCUGGGUGAUGUUGGGUCCACAACAGGGCUUCUGGGGUCUCCCUACCCCAUCUCUGCAACCUGUCUUUGGACUACCGCCAGCAAGCAAGAUCCCACCUGGGUGGGCAUUCCAACCAGGCCAAGGAUAGGUGCAGUUCCAGUGGACGCCAGCUCCGAUCCAGCAACCAUUGCCUUUCCAACUGCUUGGCCCUUUCCAGCCGCCAGUUGUUGUUGCACAGAAGGUUCCAGCCCAGGUCAUGAUCCCUCAGUAGGUCCCGGGGCCACUACAAGUGCUGGUGGUCCCACAGCAAGUGCCGGUCCAGCAGCAGGUGCCCGGUCAGCAACCUGCACAAGCCCAGCAGCUCUUCCCCCUCCACGGUUCUGGGUGACAUUUCAUAGGACCCCUAGGAAACUAGCCUACUUUCUCAACUGUCUGGGCCUAAAUCGACCAAUAUGCAAAUCAAUACUGUUUGAUAAUUGAUUUCUGCCAUCUUGGAUGGCAUGAAUGAAGGGGAGGUGUCAGAAUGGAUAGCUGAGCUCUACGAUGAAGAAGCCCCUGAGAUAGAAGAUGCUGACGAGUUCGUCCAGUUGAUGCAGAGUAGAUUUAGCAACGUUGUCUGAGCUAAGGCUCAGAUUAAGGAAUUGAAACAAGCCAGCUGACCUGUAAAAGAACUAAUUUGGGAAUUUCAGAGGCUGGCCGGAAAACUAAGAGACUGGCCAGAACACCUCCUAUUGCAUACUUUUAAGGAGGCCCUGGAUCCGGAUCUUGGACAAGCCUGUGGCAUCAGGGGAGUACUGGACCACAUACAGAUGUGGUACAACUGUUAUUUUAGACCUGGAAAUCCACCCCCAACAGAAAGCCAACCACAGAAAAGCCAGCCAGGAGACGCCUGGGAUUCCGGGCCCAGGUGAAGAAAGCUGAGGUGCUGAUCCCAACACCAUCCGGGACUGUCAAAUGCUACCGGUGUGGCCAACAUGGGCACCGGGCUUCAGAGUGGUUGGACCAGUCCCUGGUUCCCCAAGCUCAGCCUCCAGCCAUGGCCGGGACCCCGUGGAAGCCGUCUGAUAAAGGACGACUUGCCAAACAGGCUGCAGAAGUUUCGCUCCUUCCCAAUGAAGUCAAGGGAACUCUAGCUGGUGAAGCUCCUCCAGCUCCUGCGGGUGAAAAUAGUGGUGAUGACAACCCAAUGGUAAGUGCAGCCAUCUGCCCUUCACUAUCAAAACCAAAAUAGUAGUACCAGAGACAGGUCCCAAGGGGAAAUAGAGGCUGUUAUUGACACAGGCUGUACUCAGUGCCUAAUCAGCCUCCCCAUAGUUGAGCAGUUAGGCAUACGUACAGACCCUAGCUCGCCCCAUUUGCUUUGAGCAAAUUGAUGGGAUGCUAAUUGCCAGGGCCCCUGUUACUUUAGUCACGAAACUCAUCAGGCUGGAGAUGGGACGCCACUGAGACCUCAUCCAAUUUGUCAUAGCCCCCAAAAUGACUGUCGAUCAUAUUAGGGCUUGCAUGGCUAGACAAGUGGGGUCCAACCAUCAAAUGGGAGGAUGGUUAUAGAAAAUUAACCAAUGGCAUUGGACCGCUGCCACCCAUAAAACUGCACCAUUAUCUAGAGACCACGAUCCUUAGCAGUGCCAAUGGGCCUGAGCCUGCAGCCCCUGAUGAGCUAGCUGGCAGUCAGCAAGUACCAAAAGAGUACCAAGACUUAUCGGGGGUUUUCACUGAAGAAGACUGCAACUUCCUCUCCCCUCACAGCCGACCAAUUGCGUGAUAGAAUUUAUACCAGUGACUAAACUAAGAUGUAUUCCAUGACUCCUAAAGAAAUUGAGGAACUGAGAAAAUACAUCAAUGCCAACCUAGCGUGGGGCUUCAUCCAGCCCGCAAAGUAGUAGCCCUAGUACUCUUCAAAGAAAAAAAAAAGAUGGGGGAAUGAGACUUUGCAUUGAUUUUCGUAGAAUUAAUGCCAUGUGCAUGGCGAACAUCUACCUUCCUUCAUGAAGGACAUUCUGAAUCAUUUGUCCAAGGGCAAGGUGUUCAAGUUGGAUUUAAGAGAAACAUAUUACCCCAUAAGAAUCUGAGAAGGAGAUGAAUGGAAAACUGCAUUCAAUUGCCUGCUCAAUAGCUUCCAAUUUAAAGUCAUGCCUUUCUGUUUGCAAGGAGCCCCCGUAGUCUUCAUGCAACUAAUCAAUGAAGUGCUGCAUGAGCACCUUUAUAAAGGGGUCCUCGUUUACCUAGAUUGCAUUCUUAUAUUCAGCAAAACCUUUGAAGAACACGUAAAUCUGGUAUGGCAAGUAUGAAAAAACUCACCACCAAGCUUUACUCAAAGCUGUCAAAGUGUAAAUUCCACAAGACUUUCCUAGAUUACCUUGGCUACUGAAUAGCCAGCCGCUUACUUGGACAAUGGACUGUCAAAAAGCCUUUGAAAAGUUAAAAAGAACAUUUUUGAGCUGAUUUUGCAGCACCUGGAUCCAUAGCAACAAUUCAUAAUACAAGCAGAUGCCAGUGACAUAGCCAUGGCAGCAGUGGUCCUGCAAAGGGAUCAAAAGGGACAACUCCUGCCUUGUGGCUACAUGUUCAAAAAGUUCACUGACACCGAGAGACGACGGGCCAUUUGGGAGAAGAAAGCCUAUACAAUCCGCUGGGCCCUGCUCUCAUGGAGACAUUUCCUGAGGGGGGAGGUGUCUAGACUGAUCACAAAAAUCUCAAAGCUCUGCAAACCCCCAGAAAACAAGUCUGCUGGGCACAGUACUUCAGACGGUUCAAAUUCAAACUAAAGUACAUCCCAGCAGGAAAAAAAAACUGUUACAGAUGCCUUGUCAAGAAAAUUGGUCGGACCUGUUACCGUUUGCAGAAGUGGCUUACAACAAUGUCUAGCAUAGCAGCACCAGAUUGACUCCUUUCCAAGUUACCAGUGGCAUGGGAUUUGUCCUCAUGCCUGAACUGCCUAGAGAACCCUCCUCUUCAAUGUCUUUAACAGAGUGGAUGGAUUCUCUGAAAAAGGGGUGAGAAAAUACCAAGAAAGCGCUGGCAGAAGCUGCUGAAGAGUAUAAAAAGCAGGCAGACAAGCACCCCCUGCUUCAACCCCUUCUACUUUGUAGGAGUUUCUUAUCAACCAAAUAUAUACAGUUGAGGCUGCCUAGCAAAAAACUAGGACCUAAGUUUUUGGGUCGUUUCCCAAUAGUGAAAGUAAUUAACCCAGUGACGGUUCAACUUAGUCUUCCCAGCAUUCUAGGGAAAGUACAUCCUGUUUUUCAUUGUAGCUUGCUAAAACCAGUCAUUCGGUCUGGAUUAAGACCUCAGACCCAGCCACCACCUCUUCCUAUAGUAGUACAAGGAGAAAUUAUGAAGUGAAGAAAAAUUUAGAUUCUAGACCAGUGGUUCUCAACCUGUGGGUCAGGACCCCUUUGUGGGUCGAAAGACCCUUUCACAGAGAUUGCCUAAGACCAUCGGAAAACACAUAUAUUUGAAAGAAAAUACGAAAAACAAAAAACAAUUUUAUGGUUGGG